GACCGGAACCAAUGUGGUGUUGUUGUUUUACGCCGGCGGAUGGAAAACCGUCGGACAACAAUCAAAGGGCAAAGCUGUUCAACCUGUAUAAUGUUGUAGCUAAAAAAAAUCGAUUAUUUAUUUUAAUUAACGACAAUGUGGGUCGCCAGGAGACUUCUGUCGUCGGUCACUCAGAGAAGUAAAUAUGCAGGACAGUCUGGUUUAUUCCCUCGCCCUCAGCACGGCUGCCUCCCUGAGCUGGAGCCGCGGUACCUCCAGUGCACAUGUUGCUGGCGGAGCCGGGUCCCCGUGGCACGCUUUGAGACCCUGAACGCCUCCAUCUCCUUAACUUCUGCACCCUGCAAAGAAGACAACAGAUCCCUGGAUGACUGCUACACUUCUGAGCAACGAGACUCCAUCCUCCAGCUGCUCAACACCGCCUCACCGUUAGAGAUGACAGACGUCAAGCUCCUCAGAGGCCGCAAGUCCGUCAACAUUGUUGAGUACAGGACUAAAAACGGACCUUUUAAAACUCUGGAGAGUGUGGUGAACGUACCGCUGCUGAAGCACAAAAGUGCAGUCACGGUGUUCAACUCCAUUCUCAACCCAGUUAAGAAGGAGAAGAAAGUGAGGAUUCAGUGGGCCAAGUUCAUCAGGCCAGAGGUUGACAGGUCCUGGUUGGAGGAGGCCAAUACAAUUGUGUCACUAGUCUGCGGGACCAAUAAAAUCGCCUGGGCUCAUGUGGACCGUGGGAUGACGGUGCUGGAAUGGCAAGAGCUGGUGUGUCCAAAUUUCUUGAGGGGAACAUACAUGGCUUCUGCUUACUUGAGUGAUGUUUCUGCAGUUCUGACACUCCUCCCAUCAGCUGACUUUUACAUAAUAGAGAAAUCCUCCAUGUCGGUCCAGAAUACGGCUCUGUUCCCCGUCAUGGCCCACAUGAGGACCGUGGAGGCCAUGCUGUUUGCUCUGCUUGAGCGAAGAAACUUACCACCUGAGUCCAACUUCCCUCCAAGGGUUUUGAAUAUGAUGCGUAUGGCAGUGGGACGUCACUUUGAACUCGUGGUGGGCGAAUCGCGGACCAGUGGAGCACAGGCUGUGCGGCAGCUGAUGGCACAGUCGGUGACCCAGAAGCUCCCCAGGAUAAACUUCUCCCCUGAGCUGCUGGUGAAAUACAGGAAUUAUUUCCAGAUGGGCAGCAGAAGAGAAGGCGAGGAACUCUGUGACGCUCUGCUUCAGGCUUUGGCUUUUUAUGAGCUGCUCAGCAAAUCUUCCAGUUAGCCACCACAUGGUCGGAUCUCAUGCCCCAACCGUGCACUACAUGCCCCAACAUAAACCUCUUGAGUGGCAUUCUGAGCCCUUUUGGACUUUUAACAAACAUUUACCUCUUGAACAGAUUCGGUGGGGGUGGAUGGUACAAUAUAGUGAAUGUUUUUGCUGUUACAUGAAACACUCUUAAUACUGUAUAUAUAUUUUUUGUGAUAUGAGGGUUGGCUGCAGUGUUUUUGUUAUUUCCGUGUCGACCUUGUUCGAUUUGGAAACUUAAAGUAAAAAUGCCUUCUGAGGUUUUAUGGAUUAUGCAACAACUUUUAUGAAAACACUGCAAUGAUCUCCCCGGCAACCCACGAGUACCUGAACACAUUUCUUUAAAAAUAAUCAUUUUAAUAAUACAUUUUAUUUACUUUUCCUGGUUACACGUGUAAAUAAAACACGAUUUCACAUCUCAACUGCAUUACAUUCAUUGGACAGUAUUCAGGUUAAUCAAUGCACAGAUGAAAAAUAAAACGCUGACUGUAGCAAAGUGAAGCAGUAGGAGGUUCUCUACGAGAAAUCUUCGGCCA